CGCCGGGACGUCAGUUGCACAGUUCGCACUGAUUCCUCCAGCUAAACGUUAGCUUAACUAGCUAGCUCAACAAGGAACUAACAGAGAAGGAAACUCGGGCACAGUUGAAUAUGGCUGAAAUUGAACACCACGAAGGAGCGCAGGAUCUUGAGAAGAAAAUUGAGGAGACGAGACAGAGAUUUAAGAAUGAGUUCCUCCAAGACUCAACGGAUAAAUACGACUCCAGAGAUGUGGAGAGGCUUCUACAGGAUGAUGCUGUCGUGGAAGGCUACCUGACAUGGAGAAUUUAUGUUGUCGAUGAUGCCUUGAAAAUGAUUGAUGAGAGUUUUCAGUGGAGGAAAGAGUUUGGUGUGAAUGAUCUCAGUGAGAGCACCAUUCCCAGAUGGAUGUUCGAGACUGGUGCUGUCUUCCUCCAUGGCUAUGACAAAGAGGGCAACAAGCUCUUCUGGUUCAAAGUAAAGCUGCAUGUGAAGGAUGCAAAAACAAUAUUGGACAAGAAGAAGUACGUUGCUUUCUGGCUGGAGCGGUAUGCAAAGAAAGAACCUGGGAUGCCACUCACUGUGGUGUUUGACAUGUCAGAGUCUGGCCUCAGCAAUAUAGACAUGGAGUUCGUCAGGUACAUUAUCAACUGCUUCAAAGUGUAUUAUCCUAAGUUUUUAUCCAAAAUGAUCAUCGUGGAUAUGCCUUGGAUCAUGAAUGCUGCGUGGAAGAUUGUGAAGUCGUGGCUGGGUCCUGAGGCGAUCAGCAAGCUGAAGUUUGCAACCAAAUCUGAGAUCCCGACGUUCAUCGGCCUCGAGUACCUGCCACCUCACAUGGGUGGAACGGACCCCUUCAGAUAUAGCUACCCACCUCUCCCUGAUGACGACUUCCAAACACCCAUCUGUGACAAUGGACCCAUUGUUAGCGAGGACGAGGCGGAGAGCAAAGAGGGUGAACCAGAGGGCAAGGAUGGACUUGAGUCCAGCUUCAACUCAACUGAGGUUGCUGUAAAACCCAAAAAGGUGAAUUUCCUGGAAGACAGUUUGAGGGCAGAGGACAAUGAUAAAACAGACACGAACGCCAGGAUCAAGGGAGCCAGGAAGCCACUGACCACCUUCAAAGGGCUUCUGCUGGAUGUCAGCCCUUCAGAGGAGCUCAGCUUUGGUUCAGGGGAGACAGAGAAAAAAAGCCUCAUUAUCCUGAGCAAUGUGACCAAAAAUCAAGUGGCCUUCAAGGUACGGACCACAGCUCCUGAGAAGUACAGAGUGAAGCCCAGCAGCAGCAGCUGUGAACCUGGAGCAUCAGUAGAUAUAGUGGUGUCUUUACAUGGAGGUUCUCAAGCCUCUCCACAGGAUAGAUUUUUGGUUAUGGCUGCUGAGAUGGACAAUGUUGGAUCACAAGAACUUCCUCAGUUCUGGAAAGAAGUACCAAAAACUAAGAUCAUGGAACACAGAUUGCGCUGUCAUGUUCUCGAGGGCUCUAAACCCACAGUGAGUCCUCUCAGGGACAGCCCUGUGGAGAUGGGGAGCAAUGGACAGCAGGAAUUAAGCACAGCGCUCAUGCGCGUGAUGGCCUGCAACUCCCGGCUGGAGCAGAAGCUGAAUUCGUGUCUGUGGGUGCAGAAGGUUCUCGUCGGGUUGGUGCUGAUCCUGGUGGUACUGAACGUGCUGUGUCUCUUCCUGCUGGGUACUUCCCAGCAGCCAUCCUGACCUGCCACAGCUCCCUCCGCCUGCAUUUGUCGACCACAGACAGACAGACAGACGGGCGGCUCCAGCGUGGCCGCAGUCGACCACCUGAGGGAAGUUCCUCUGAAACGGUCCACCUCUCUUUCCCCGGUCCUCCUCACAGGCUGCUGUCAUGGCGAAGAGGAGGGCUGACUUUAGGGACAUGUAAGUUGUGAUAGAAGAAGAUUGUCUCUUUUCAGACACUUGAGCGUUAAUACAGCAGAGACACUUUUAACAACGUGGCAUCAAAUCAGUAAUGUUAUUUUUUAAGGCUGAUCAUGGAAAAGUGUAUUUAUUGCAGUUAUUUUUGUGAUCAUAAUGUACAUUUUUUUUAUAUUGUAUAAAUCUACAGAAUAUAAAAUAAACACUUUGUCAAUUUGCA